UCUCGACGUGGACCUGCAGCCUUGACGGGAAGAUUAGGGAACCACCGCCCGCUCUCAACCCUCUCCCGUCCCCGGUUUCGCCACGAGCACACCGAAAAUGAGCAGCAACAGCAAAGAUCAGAUUGACAUGUCCGAUCUCGGCUCCGCUCUCCCCGCCGCCGCAGCCGCUCUUAGUGCAGAGGACCGUGCCGGUCUCGUGAAUGUCCUCAAGAAUAAGCUUCAGAAUCUGGCUGGGCAGCACUCGGAUGUCCUUGAGGCCCUGACUCCCAAUGUUCGGAAGCGAGUCGACUUUCUGAGAGAGCUGCAGAGCGAACAUGAUCAAUUGGAGGCAAAAUUUUUUGAGGAGAGAGCUGCCCUUGAAGCAAAAUACCAGAAGCUUUAUGAACCACUAUAUGCAAAGAGGUACGGAAUUGUAAAUGGUGUUGUAGAAGUUGAAGGAGUUGCAAAAGACGCCACAGUGGACCAACAAGAGGAUAAGGAAGAAGAGAAAGGGGUCCCCAGCUUUUGGCUCACUGCGAUGAAGACUAAUGAAGUCUUGGCUGAGGAGAUAUCCGAGCGUGAUGAAGAGGCUCUCAAAUAUCUCAAAGAUAUCAAGUGGUGUAGGAUUGAUAAUCCGAAGGGUUUUAAGCUUGAGUUUUUCUUUGACGCCAAUCCAUAUUUUAAGAACUCUGUUCUGACGAAAACAUAUCAUAUGAUUGAUGACGAUGAGCCCAUUUUAGAGAAAGCAAUAGGAACGGAGAUUGAAUGGAUCCCUGGCAAAUGCUUGACUCAGAAGAUUCUCAAGAAGAAGCCAAAGAAGGGUUCCAAAAAUGCAAAGCCUAUCACAAAGACUGAAAAUUGUGAAAGUUUCUUCAAUUUCUUCAACCCUCCCCAGGUUCCUGAGGACGAAAAUGAAAUUGAUGAAGAUACCGCUGAAGAACUCCAGAAUCAAAUGGAGCAAGAUUAUGAUAUUGGGUCAACCAUUCGGGACAAAAUUAUUCCUCAUGCAGUCUCGUGGUUUACAGGGGAGGCUGUUCAAGGGGAUGAAUUUGAAGACAUGGAGGAUGAUGAUGAGGAUGACGAAGAUGGGGAUGAGGAAGAAUCUGACGAGGAUGAGGAAGAUGAUGAGGAUGAUGAAGGUGAUGAAUCCGAAGAGGAGGGCAAAAGCAAGAAGAAGCAUUCAUCCAGACCGAAGAAAAGUGGGAGGAGUCAAGCUGGGGAAGGUCAACAGGGUGAGCGUCCACCAGAAUGCAAGCAACAGUAGUAAUGUACCGGAUUUGCAGAUGGCACGAUAUAUGGGGAGCUGGGUAGGGAGGUUCUGUUGUCCUGUGGCUUGUUGAGAGUUUUGGUCUAUCAUGGUUUAUUACCCAUUGUCUAUGAAAAUUUGUCUCUUUUAUUUCUUUUUCCUUGUGAGGGAUCAGGAUCAUAUAUUGGGUGCCUUUGGGAUUUCUCGAGGGCUAAGUGUUGUGAAAUUUCGAUGGAAGUAGUCAAAUAUACAAUACAUAUUAGAUGUAUUUUGAUGUUUUGGACUUGGGACGAUUUUUAAGUCUGCCUUCUCAUUCUCACUUGAAAAGAA